UCCCCCUGGCAUGGGCUUCGGGCUAUCCAGAGGCCACCAGUGCAGCGGCUCCAAGAUGCGUAACUUCAACUGGGAUGCAAUCCCCAAACACGUGGUGGUGGGCAAACACAACAUCUGGACGGAAGAGAAGACCCUGGGAGGGUAUGAGCUGGACACUCAGAGGAUUGAGGAGCUGUUCAGUCACAGCCAGCAGCAGGGACAGGGACAAAAGGCUAUGAACAGACAGAGUCUCAGAGGCAAGCCAACCAACAGCCAGGGCACAGAAGUGGUCUCCAUACUAAACUCAAAGAGGAGCAUGAACGUUGGGAUCUUCCUGAAACAGUUCAAGAGGCCUGUAGGGGACAUGAUCAAGGACAUCAGUUCAGGAAACGGCCUGAAAUUUGGGACAGGUAAACUGAAGGAGCUGUGUAAGCUGCUGCCAGAGAAAGAAGAGGUGAAGCAACUAGUUGGGUUUAAAGGGGACCAGUCAGCUCUUCCUGAAGCAGACCUGUUUAUGUUGCUACUUAUCAAGGUUCCCAGUUAUGAGGAGCGCCUCAACAGUUUAGUUCUCAAAGAAGAGUUUUUCCCACUCAUGGAUGAAAUGAAACAAUCCAUCGCUACCAUGAUCACAGCUGGAAAAGAGCUGUUAGAGAGUGACGACCUACACUCUGUGAUCCGCCUGGUGCUGAAGACCGGAAACUACAUGAACGCUGGUGGCUAUGCUGGCAGUGCCAUCGGCUUCAGGAUGGCAUCGCUACUGAAACUAGUGGACACAAGGGCCAACAAACCAGGCAUGAACCUCAUGCACUAUGUAGUUAUGCAAGCUCAGAAAGUUGAUGUGGCCCUGCUGAAAUUCCCAGACAAACUCACACACAUCGCCGAUGCAGCAAGGAUCCAUAAGGAGGACAUAGAGAGUGAGUUUCAGAGAGAGGUGAAGAAAGUAAAGGAGGCGAAGGAGGAGGCGCAGAAACAGGAGGAGCUACAGGCUCAGAUGGAGGACUUUCUGAAGGAAGCAGAGUGUCGUCUGGCUGAGACUGAGCUCUCUCUGCUGUCGCUGGGUUCAGUCAGUGACUCAGUGGCUGAGUACUUCUGUGAAGACCCCAGCAAGUUCAGACUGGAUGAAUGCUGCUCCGUCUUCAACUCUUUCUGUGCGAAGUUCCUGAGGGCCAUCCAGGAGAACUGUGAUCGUGAGGUGGCAGAGGUGAAGAGGAGAACCAGAGACAGACUUCUGAGUGAUGCUAAUGCUGCUAAACGCCGUUCCACUGCCACCUGCUCCAUACGGGACAAGGACAUGGAGGGUGUGGCCCUGGAGUCCGUACUACGGAAGCUCCUGACCAGUCGUGUGUCCCAAAGGAAAAGAGGCUUGGGCACGCCCUCCCCCACCAGUAGCAGCCUAUCAGAGGUCCCCAUUCAAGCAAACAUCCCCUCGGCAGAAAUGAGAAACCAAGGUUCUGUCAAGGCCACGGAGGUGUGUAAGGAAAAUGAGUGGAACUCAGCCAGAGACCUGACUGGGACCUCUCAGAGCGACCAGAAGGACCAGUCCCACAGCAAAAGGAACCGGAAGGAGAACAUGGUUCCACAUCCUGAGGAGACACAGCAGAACCCUAAGAAACCAGAACAGAACCACAGAGGUUCUAGUUCUGGUUCUACACAGCCAACCAGGAGAACCGGUAGCAGCAGCUCCUCCUCCUGCCCCUCCACAGGUAGACCCAUCUCAGUGACGAUGAAGGACAAGGAGGAAGAGGAGGAGGAGGGAAAUGAGGAAGAAGCCCAGAAGUUGCGUGAAGUGUCCAGGAAGGUUCUGAGGUAUCAGAGCAGCCGUGGUAGUCUUUCAUCUGGAGAGUAUGUCCCGGAGCAGCAGAAGUCUCCUAAUGCCACCAAUAAUACUAACACCUCCACCUUCACAAGAUCACCCAACGCUACGACCACUAAUGCUACAUCCUCCACCAUCACCACCAUCACCUCCUCCUCCACCUCCCCUCACCAGAGGACCUUCCAAGAAGACAGACAGCGGCUGCUGGGGGAUGCAUGUAGAGGCAGCGAGAGCCUGGCUAGAUACCUCCUCAACCCUCACCUCUCCCCCAAGGGAAUACUCUCCCGAAGACACACCCUCACCCUCCCCCCUAAAGCCCCUCCUACUGAGGAAGAGGAGGAAGAUGAUCUGUUCACUUUUCCUACUACUCCUACUCCUACUCUGGGGGUCACAGGGAGGAUGAAGUCAGUAGACACUGGUAUGAUGUCCUCGAAACACAGAGCCUCUGGAGGACCCAACCUCACCAACCUCCCUGGCCACUCUGAGAAGUCUUGUGUCCAAGACCUGGAGUCUAAGAGCCCCAUGUCAAAACACAAAGUCUUGACAGCAAGUCUCAACAUUCCCAGGGACUCUGAAAACAGAGGCUUGGCGGGAGUCACCAUCCCUCACCACUCUGAGACAUCUGGUGCCCAGCAGGACAAGGUGUCCAACAGCUUGUCAGCAGCAGAGAGACCUACACACAUGGAGCUAGGAGAGCUGAACCAAGAUAAGAGCUCCUCUAUAGUCAAGACAAAACCUCCCCCCUUACACCUAGAACUGAACCACAACCAGGAUGAGGAGAUAAAGGAGUUUUCUCCCACCCCUCUCCAGACACUCGUCUCCCAGAAACCCAAACAGGCUGACCCUCCUCAGAGCCCCAAACACAAUAUGGCUAACCCCUCUAAGAGCCCAAAGCCCAAAUCUUCAGAGGGCAAUGGAUUCAUGUCUUUCUUUAAACGCCUGGGAGAGAGGAGCAGGCCAAAGUGAGGAAUCUUGUGUCCAAGACCUUGUGUCCAAGAGUGUCAGCAGAGAGACCUACACACAUAGAGCUGAACCAGGAGAAUCGGACAAAGGAGUAUGUCCUGGACAAGCCCUGAGCCCGAAACCCAAACCAGACUGCUAUGGAUUCAUGUCCUUCUUUGAAUGCCUGGGAAAGAAGAGCAAGCCUUGCUAACAACAAGGAUAUAGACCCUAGAUGUGCUAUAGACUCCUGAUUCAUCUAUUAAUACAGAUUCAGACUACUCAGACAGAUGUUACAUUGUUCUAUGGACCUGGCCCUAUGGACUAUUAAAUAUAUGUAUAUCCAUCCAUCCAUUGAUUUUAUAAAGGUUUAAUUCAAGGGGAUUGUUGAAGUGGAUUUGAAGUGGAAAAUAAUGAUCUGUUGGGACUGGGAGAAUUUGUCCAAAAGAGCAGUGUGAACUUUAUUCCACUAGGUGGCAGAGUGAGAUAACAACGCCACAUGAAGUGUGCUUGUAGGCCAGUGGUUCCCAACCAGGGGUACUAGGACCCCUAGGGGUACUUGGCCUAUCCACAGGGGGUACUUAAGAAAACUCAAAAGACCAUAGGACUACUGGUAAAAUGCACAUGAGGGGGUACUUCAGGGGUACUCCGGGCAGAGUAAAAUUAAAUUGGUGGUACAGUAACCGCAAAGGGUUGAGAGCCACUGCUGUAGGCCACCAACAAAUCACUGUUUAUUUAUUCUACCACCUCAUAUUCCCCCAGAGAAGAGCAUGGCACUUACUGUAAUAUGUUUACCAAUGUCUUUAAUAAUAGUAAUAUAUUUACAUCAGUAUUCUUCUGACUGAAUAUGCAUAGCAAAAUAAAACCACUGUUGAGUAGGAGGAGCCAAUGUGAUCUUUGUCUUGGAAAAUACUGGAACUAUCUUUACCAUAUACAGUACUAUUAAAUUAUAUUGCAAGAGGAUAUAUUUACAGAGCUGUAGAAAUUACAUUCAAUUAAUUUAGAGCGACGAGGGCCUGUAAAGAGAAGUACACAGUAUUAAGAUAAAAUAAUUUAAUGGACAGACUGUUAAAGAAUAGAAGUGCUUUGUAUUACAUUUAUCACGUAAUUUCUUAUUUUUAUGAAGGUGUUCCUCUUCUCUUGCUGUUUUGAAAAGAAAACAAGCAUGGUGAAUAUUUCCCGUAUGCUCUUAGUAGUCUUAUACAAACAACCAAACACUAUUGUAUUGCUCUUAUUGGGGUCAGUGUUACAAAGACAGCCAGUCUCUUAGCCAGGCACAGCCAGCUGAAUGGCAGGCAGCUACAUGGAGGGGAGGACGGCACUAAUCCCAAACCAAGUUAUUAAGGUCUCAGUCUCAGAAUUGGAGAGAGCCAGGCUAUGGGCCCUUGUCAAAAGUAGUGCCAUUUGGGAUGCAGCCCAAGCUACCAGCACCUGGUGGCAUAGCACAAUGGAGGGAGAGAGCCAGGGACCCAACAAGUACUCCCCAAACUGCUUCAGUAUGUGGCCCCCGGCACCCAAGCCUCCACCUGCCUCCCCAAGGAUGUACCCACCUUUACCCCAGCUAGCCUGCCGCUCUACCAGGACCAAGGACCCCCUGCCUCAGCAUGAAGCCCCAGAAUGUACC